AUGGGGAUUCUGGUAGUGCUGUUAGGGAUGCUGAGCUUCCUGGGAGUGGCUGUGGGGAGCUCCUCUGCCCUCCUCUGGGACAGCACCUCCUGCCACUUGGCCAGGCCCAUCCCCGGCAGCCCCUUGGGGACCCUGAGCUUUCUGGGCAAGAAUGCCCAGGGACUGGCCCUGGUCCACACCCACUGGGAUGAGCACGGGAGGCUGCAAUCUUGUAGCCAGCAAGUCGAGCCAGAGCUCACUGCAGCCUUUAGUGCUCUCUGUACUGGUGAGAUCACCCGGGGCACCUUCAUCCACACCCCUGGACCUGAGCUGCAGAGAGCCCUGGCCACACUUCAGAGUCAGUGGGGAGCCUGCCGAGGGACUGAAGAGGGUCCAGCAGGGGCUAGGGAGAAGCGAGCAGCAGGGGUCAGGGAAGAGCAAGCAGAAGGACACAGAGGAGCACCCAGCAGCAUAGGACACCAGCGGUUGAAGAGAGGCUGGACUAUGCCUGGCACGCUGUGGUGUGGAGUCGGGGAUUCUGCCGGAAACUCCACAGAGUUGGGGAUCUUCCAAGGCCCUGAUCUCUGCUGCCGGGAACAUGACCGAUGCCCACAGAACAUCUCGCCCUUCCAGUACAGCUAUGGUAUCAGAAACUACCGAUUCCACACCAUCUCCCACUGUGACUGUGAUGCCAGGUUCCAGCAAUGCCUGAAGAACCAGCAGGACUCCAUCUCGGACAUCGUGGGUGUGGCCUUCUUCAAUGUACUGGAGGUCCCCUGCUUCGUGCUGGAGGAGCAGGAGGCGUGUGUGGCGUGGUACUGGUGGGGAGGGUGCAGAAGGUAUGGCUCCAUACCUCUUGCCCACCUCCAGCCCAGGACCCUCUAUAAUGCCUCCUGGAGCUCCCCAGCCACCCCCCAGCCUCCCAGCCUUCAGAACCCAGCCCCUAGCAAGCCACAACAGAACCAGCGUCCUCAGAAGCGACCACCGCAAUGGAAAGGGUCUAAGCACCCCAUCAAAACCAACACCACAGGAGCGCAUGUGCCUAUGUUCCUCCUAAAUGGCAGUGGGCAUUGGAGGGCUUUGCUGGGGACUAGGCUACCCUCAUCACCAUGCUCCCCCAACCCAGAUGUCCGCCGAGCCUGCCGCAGCUUCCGCCACUUGGAUCAAUGUGAGCAGCAGAUCGGGCCUCAGGAAACAAAGUUCCAGCUGCUCAAUAGUGCUCAUGAGCCCCUCUUUCACUGCAACUGCACACGCCGCCUGGCACGCUUCCUGAGGCUCCACAGCCCACCUGCAGGCACCAGCGUACUUUGGGAGCUGCUAGGCACAACCUGUUUCAAGCUGACCCCUCCACUGGACUGUGCUGAGGGCACAGGCUGUUUCAGAGACCCUAGGGCCAUCAAGGUGUCAGCUCGGCACUUGCAGCGACUUCAGCAGAGGCGACUCCAGCUCUGGGGUGUGACCACAGAUGAGGGGCAGGUAUGGCCUUCAAAUCACCCAAGAGCCCCCAUGUCAUUCUAUGACCGGUGUCUGCAGCUGACCCAGGCAGCCUGGAGACCUGACAGGCAGCAGAAAUCCUAG